AUGGAAGAACUUCUUAAAGCUGGUGUGUUUAUAGAUGAAAUCUACACCGUGCGAGUUGAGCAUCCAAACCUUUCCAGUAGCAAAAUAAAGUUUAAACAAGAAUGCUUUAAAUACAGCAAAGCAUUCACAAUUUUUAAAAAGUUUGUGUUUAAUUAUUGUAAUAUAUCUAAAAUCUUUGCUAACGAUGUCGAUAUGGAAAAACUGCGCGCUUUUGGUACACAAAAUCAAUUAAAAACGGCAUUUAUUCAGCGCCAGAGUAUGCAGCAAGUCUAUCAAUAUGAGAUAUUUGAGCAAACGGUAGAACUUGAUCGCUUAAAAGGCGAAUUGCAGUUUUUACAGCGAAUUGAAACUGACAAACAUGAAAUAAAAAACAGUUUUUUUGUCAAUCAAUAUUAAAAUUAAAUCCGAUUACAAAGACGUUUUCCUUAUUUAGUUGAUAUUGUGUAAAAGGUUCUUGCGAUAACAUGUAAGACUGCAUAAUGGAACUUUUGUCGUUGAACAAUUAUAUGUCUUGCGAUUUUCACAACCGCUUACAUAG